AUGAACACCAUCCUCGAUCCCAUCAUCGCUCGUGCCCGUCGGUCUGCCUCUGGACGGGUGGCUCUCGUGGGUUCACCCGGCGUUCAACCAGACAAGAUCGAAGCGCUUGCGCGCGUGGCGAGGGAAGGCGUCGCAGUGUUCGUCUUCAACGCUGGCGCGGGAUUCGAGCAGCACGUCAACUUCAGCCAGCAUUUUCUGCUCAAACUCGAGGCAAACCUUAAUCAGGGCGGCCAACAGCUCGGAGGAGAACUCUGCCGCCGCUGGGGCAGUACAUCAUCGGCACCGCUGAGGCUCGCGACCCUGUAUUCUCUGGAUAGGGAAGCCGACGGCCGCAUUGACAACGCCAUUCUCGGCUUCCAGGCCGGCUGCGAGGCUUCCGAAGUCGUGAUUGUUGCAUCAGUCCGACUUAGCGGUUGGACCGAGUCGACAGCGCGGAGAUAUAUGGAGGCCAUGUUCCUCGCCGACGACACCAUCAACGCGGUGCUCACUACGUCGGACAGGCAUGCGAUUGGGGCGGUGACGGCAGCGAAUGUGCGGUUGCCUCCCUAUCGAGCUCGCAGCCUGUUUGUCAACGGCUUCGGCAAUGAUGAAUUCAUUCGUCCCUACCUCGACGAUGACAGCGUCUUUGCAACUGUAGAUCCCAUGAUUAACCAUGCAAGGAAGGGCAUGUGGAGGUCAUUGUCGACCGCGCUGGAGAUGGCCUCACAAAAUGGUUGGAUGACGACGGCAGACGUAAAGGCGGACGUUCCAGGCAUGGAGGGGUUUACUCUCCUCUCCUCCUCACUGCUAAUUCCCUCCGACGCCGAGGGUCAUAUCUUGAGCAAGGUGCUCGGCAGUGCAUAUAACUCCGCGGUGGUGGUCCAGGAGAUUUCCGUCCCGGCCAACACGUUUCAGGCCACCUUUUGGAUGAAGACUUCGUGGUCUGACACGCGGCUGGAGUGGUCUGAUGAACAGUUCAAUGGCACCAUCCAGGUUUGGACGCCAAAUCUUUUUGUGCAAAACCACCUCUCCGAGGUGGUAGAGCGGGACGCUGGGGAGACUCUAGUGACCGUGCGCCAUGACGGCGUGGUCACGUGGUCGCAGAAAGUCACCGGCGAGUUUGACUGCAGCCCUAUGAGCAUCAGUCCUUACCCCUACGACAUCCACACGUGCUCCUUCAACAUCACAACCGACGUGGAGGUUACUAAGGUUCAUCUUGCCGGCUUCGGUUUCUCGAUCAGUUCGCAACCAGAAGGGUUUGCGCUUGAAAGGGUUUGCAACAAGUCACGGUGCAGCCCGGCCUCAGUCGGCAUCCACGAGGGGGAAACCGACAUGCAGCACUCCGCGAUGUCCUUUGCGCAGCCGCUGGUCACCUACACCUUCAAGAUCACGCGCGAACCAUCGUACAUCAUCACCUCCUAUGAGAGCGGUAAUAUGGACCGCGCUGGCCUCGCCAUCACCACCGUGCUCGCCACGGUCGUGCUGAUGACCGAAGGGGUAGUGUCAAAGGUACCAACGUGGCUUUCCGUUUUCUUCAUCGUCUGCACCACCUACCAGGCUGCAUCCUUCCUCACGACCAUCACGGCCGGCCGCCGCUUCGGCCACAGAGCGAAGGAGGACGCGUUCCAAGCGAGCCAGCCGGCAGCGAAGCCUCCCAGCGCCACUUGCAGCCCUUCCGCGUGGGCGAAGCGGAACUGGCCAGGGCUCGCUACGUGGCUCGCUGCCAUCCUUAUGUUGUGCGAGGAGCUCACAGGCCGAGAAGAGGACGACAUGCAGGACCUCUUCGCCAUUCGAAUUCUGGUCCCGACCUUCCUGCUCGCGUGCAUCACGCUGCCGUUCCUCACCCUCUCCAUGUGCAUCGACGCCGACUGCCAGGCCGAGGAGCACCCCGAAGCGGGCGCCCGCAGCCCGCUCUUCCUCACAAACGCGAUCCUCCUCGGGAUCUGGAAGCGGUGA